GCGGAAUCAGAAGGUUCGAGUGCCGUCUCGAACAUUCUCUCUUGACUAUAAAGAAAAAGGAAGUAGGGAGAGCUGCGAGGAUCUUAUUCGUUCUCUCUCUUUUGCACGCCAUUACAUAAAGAAAGAAAAGCUCAUCGGUUUCUCAGAUCCACUUCUUCUUUGGUUAAUCUCUAGGGAUUUUCUGAUCGCUUUGUUUGGUCCGAGCCAUGGCUUCGAAGAGGAUUUUGAAAGAGCUUAAGGAUUUGCAGAAGGAUCCUCCUUCUAACUGCAGCGCAGGUCCGGUGGCUGAGGACAUGUUCCAUUGGCAAGCAACUAUCAUGGGACCUCCUGACAGUCCUUAUGCUGGAGGAGUCUUUUUGGUUUCCAUUCACUUUCCUCCGGAUUACCCUUUCAAGCCACCAAAGGUGUCUUUUAAGACAAGGGUGUACCACCCGAACAUCAACAGCAACGGAAGCAUUUGCCUUGAUAUCCUGAAAGAACAGUGGAGUCCUGCUCUUACCAUAUCCAAGGUUUUGCUGUCGAUUUGCUCAUUGCUGACUGACCCGAACCCAGAUGAUCCUCUUGUGCCAGAGAUUGCUCACAUGUACAAGACGGAUAAGACCAAGUACGAGUCAACUGCUCGAAGCUGGACACAGAAGUACGCCAUGGGAUGAUGAAGACUCAAGUUGUGGUCGAAGACAAGCAAAACCAUAACGUUAUUUCUCAUCUAAGUAUAUUGAACUCCAUUUGUUGGCUUUUUAGUAAACGCUAUUAUGUGAUGAUAAUCGAGCAACUUAUAUGCUCUUACUCCUCUGUUCUGCUGAUAUCACUAUUAUUUUACCCUAUUUACGGUUUUAAUCCAUCGAAUUGCCUCAUCA